ACCUCAAACUCGAUUCUGAUUAAUUAUGAUGAGUUAAAUAAGUGAUUUCCAUCAAAAUCUUUACUUAGGUGUCUUGUAUUAUGCACAGACAUUACAUAAUAAGUAAAGUAGUCUAGAAGACGUCCCUUCAUUGAAACACGGAAGUAAAGGUAGGAUGUGCAAUGGAAGACGAUGUGAGUGUCCCAACCAAGAUCGUUGACGAAGUCAGCAGCCACCUACACUGUCCUAUUUGUAAGAAGUUGUAUAAAGACCCCGUCAUCAACAUCCGAUGUGGACACACAUUCUGUAGGAAGUGUGCGUUUUCCACAACCCACUGCCCCGUCGACAACGCGCACUGUGACACCAAUCAGCUGGUUAUCAACAGACUUGUGGUAGGCCAGAUUGAUGACCUGUUGAUCUUCUGCCGCUACGGACUCAUCAAAGAUGGAGAUGGCUGGCAAGAAGAUCCUAGUGGAUGUUCAGAGAAGAUUCAGAUGGGAAAGCGUCAAGAUCAUGAAACAGAUUGCCUGUUUGCCAUAGUCAGUUGUCCAAAUGCUGCAGAAUGCGGGACAUUCCGUCGAAAUGAGGUCCAGUGCCAUCAACAACAGUGUACCUAUACUCCGUGUAUAUACAAGGAUAAAGGAUGUGAAUUUUCUGGGACGCCAGUCAGUGUGGAGGGGCAUGUCCGGUCAUGUGGGUACCAGGACUCCGACAGUCUUGGAUCAGAGGUCAUACAGAAGAUGGCCAAUCUACAACAAACCAAUCAGAAGCUGGAACAGAAGGUGUCCACUUUAACAAAACGGGUUGUUGACCUCGAGUCUGUGCGAGACGAAAUGACCUCCCAGCUCAGCACAUGCAAUAGUUGUAUCCAGGCCCUUCAACAGAAGUACAACGACCUACAUGCGACUGUGGAGUCCUUGCUUAACACCCGCAGGCCUGUUUCCUUCGGCUCACAGGUGUCGCUGGCGGAGUCCACAACAGGUGUACGAAGGCGCCGGAUGUCUUCCCCAGGUAGCCCGAAUGAAGUCCACAAGUAUGAGAAAUGGGAGAUGCCAUUCCAGUUCAAGUGCAUAGGAACACUCAGGGGCCACCAGGAUGUAGUGUGGUGUCUGACUGCCUACAAGGGCCGGCUGUACAGUUCGGGAGCAGACGGUCAGAUUAAGGUGUGGGACCUUGACCAGCUGGCUAGAGGCUGCAUACAGACACUCAGUGGACACACAGCAAGUGUCUACUGUUCGGCAGUCAGUGGUGGGUAUUUGUACACAGCUGGAGACGAUAAUACAAUCCGAGUCUGGGAUACUGAGAAUGGCGGGAGCGUGAAGACACUGGAGCGCGCCCAUGACAACAUCAUCUGUGCCAUGACAACCACCAAAGAAUACCUCUUUACCUCGUCAUUCUCUCUCAUCAAGGUUUGGGAACUGAAGACUCUUGCCUUAAAACAAGUGUUGUCUGGUCUGCAUCACUGGGUCAGGGCUCUAGCCUUCAGCUAUAAGAAGGACAAGCUUUACAGUGGGUCUCACAAUGCCAUCAACGUCUGGGACUGCACCGACUCCUUUGCAGCGUUGGGCACCAUUGAGCACCAGUUUGGAUCAGUCCACUCCCUGGCUGUCACACAGACUUACAUCAUCGCAGGUAAUGCAGGAACAUACAACCAGAAUAUUCAGUUAUUUGAUGCUACCACCCAUGAACAUGUGACCAACUUGUGUGGCCAUAUUGGAACUGUGACAUCACUAGCUGUGCCGCCAUCAGGCCGCUUCCUGUUUUCUGGGUCACAUGACAGUAAUGUGCAGUUGUGGAGUCUGGAGAAAAUGCUGCCGAUCCAGACCCUAUCCCGCCACCAGGCCAGUGUGAACUCCUUGACGCUGUACGGCAAUAUCCUGUUGUCUGGGUCAGAAGACCAUGAAGUAAAGGUGUUCAGAUAUUUCCAGCUACAACAUGGUCAGUUCUAACUGGGUCAAAAGGUCAUGAAAUAUAGAUCUUCAGACACAACAUGGACAGUGUCUAACUGGGUCAGAAGAUCAUGAAAUACACAACUACCCCUGCUGGACCACGUCUGCUGCUGGUGACAGAAUCACUUCCUGUGACAGUAUCCUGAUUAUCCCCAAGUGUGAUAAUGUGAUAAUAACCAGGAGAAUCAUUCACUCAUUGUCAUUGGCCAAUCACUUAUGUACUCAUAUGUAAUGGGGCAAACAAUUGUGACAUAUAACAGGGAUGUGUUUCAUCAAUCCAUUUUGUAUUUUUUUAACACUAUGAUAAAAUGAUUUCGUUGAAAUGUGAUGAUAUUCAUCCAGGUGUCAUUCUAAGUUGAGUCAUCGCUGAUUCCUGAAGGAUAAGAACAGAUAAAGGAUAAACGAACUGAC